CGCUACCUUCACUCCGCUGUCUCUUCUCGCGGUAGCGCUAGUGUACUGUUAGCUUGUUAGCUAACCCCAUCGUUUCCAGGUUUCGUGUCGACCUGAAAACAGCAAGCGGAGAGAGACACAGAAAUACUGCGCAGUUUAUUAUUCAUUGGUUCCAGUCUGCGGAAAGGAGGGGGACAAUGCCACACAACUUCCAACCCGGAGAUUUGGUUUUCGCUAAAAUGAAGGGAUACCCCCACUGGCCAGCCAGGAUUGAAGAUGUGGCUGAUGGGGCAGUGAAACCACCUCCUAAUAAAAUACCUAUUUUCUUCUUUGGGACACACGAAACAGCAUUCCUUGCACCAAAAGACCUUUUUGCCUAUGAAAAGUACAGAGAUCGCUAUGGAAAGCCCAACAAAAGGAAGGGAUUUAAUGAAGGUUUAUGGGAAAUCCAGAAUAAUCCACAUGCCUCCUACAGUGCACCACCUGUGCCACCAAGCUCAUCUGACAGUGAGGGAAACAAUGCAGAAGGUGGAAGUGACGAGGAUGACGAGGAGGAAGAUGCAUCGGUUCCUCGGAAAGUAGACUCAGGAAGUGAGGUUGAUACGGAUUCUGGGGGUGAAGACAGGGGAAGAGGAGCAGUGAAGCGAAAGCCACCUGCUCCAAAGCGACCUCCUCCUCCAAAAAAGGCUCGAGGCUCAUCCAGUGAUCGAGAUGAGGAGAGUGGGUCCCCCUCGGAAUCAGAUCCCACACCCUCAGAUUCUGACUCUGGAAAGAACAGUGACCAGGAUUUUACUCCAGACAAGAAAGCAGGUGGACGUGGGGGAAAAAAAACAGGAGGCAGGGGAAAGAAAAAGAAAGCUUCUUCUGACUCUGAUUCAGAGUCAGGAUCGGGGUCGGACAAGAAACCAGUGGACAGUGACUCAGAAGACGAGAAGCCUCGACCUGCUCUGUCUGGUUCAGAAUCCCAGUCUGGCUCAAAGUCCGAAUCAGAUUCAGAUCCUCCUCCUCGGAAGGGCCCACAGGCUCGCAAGAAAGAAAAACCUGCACCAAAACCUCGUGCACGGAAGCCCAAACCAGCCCCAGCAAAACGAGCACCUUCAUCAUCUUCUGACAGCGACAGUGAACCUGACCGCAUAAGUGAAUGGAAAAAACGAGAUGAAGAACGGCGGCGAGAGCUGGAGGAACGGCGGAAAAAGGAGGAAGCAGAAGAGAUCCGUCGGCUACGUGAAAAGGAGAAGGAGGAGGAGGAGAAAAGGAAAAAAGAAAAAGAAAAGGGUAAAAAAGGAAGCGAGAGUGACAGCAGCAGUAGCUCAGACGAAGGUGUGGAUGAUCACCCACUCAAGAAAUCCAAGAAACCUCCUCCACCCCCUAUCCCUGCACCUUCGGACUCCGAUUCAGAAACCGCUGAGUCCAAGGAACCUCCUAAAAAGUCUGACAGUCAGAAGAAGGCAAGAAUAAAGAAAGAAAAGGAGAGAAAAGAAAGAAAGGAGAAAGAGAAGAAAGCCAGACGAUCAGAGGAGAAGUCCAGAGCGCGGUCCAAACCUGAAAAACCAAAACGCAGACCUGAGAGGCCACCAGAGAAGAAAGUGGAAAAGAAAAAAGAACCAACUCCAGAAGAAAGGCUACAGAAGCUUCAUACAGAUAUAAAGUUUGCACUCAAAGUGGACAACCCAGACAUUGACAAGUGUCUACAAGCACUUGAGGAGCUUGGGGCUGUGCCAGUCACCAGCCAGAUCCUUCACAAAAAUGCUGAAGUCAUUUCUACACUAAAGAAGAUCCGACGGUAUAAAGCCAGCACUGCAGUCAUGGAAAAAGCUACUGACGUCUACAACAAACUAAAACUUCGCUUUGUGGGCAAGGCAGAGGUGGCAGCUAAACCUAAAACAGAUAAUAAAGAACCAGACGAUAAUGAGAAGGAGACACAAAAUGCAGAUUCUACUCCAGUGAAUGGAGAACAAAAACAAGAUGACAUGUCAGUAGAGGAAAAACCAAAAUCAUCUCCCCAGGAGGAUAAUAACUGCCAUCCAUCUUCAAGUCCGACUAGACCGUGCCCAGACAGCCCUGCUGAACAAGAAACACACAGCCAUGAAGAAGCAGACAACUCGAUCUCCGAAGGCACGGAACCACCUGCUGUAGAAAGCUGAAGGACCUUGAACCACCGAUGCAGCGGACCAAGUGCUAAGAGAUGGUGGCCUCUUUGUUUGACGUAAUGCAGUGCUUCUGGGCCAACAAUACUGCAACACUCACGGCAUUUCCUAUAGUAUCUGUUACGUCAAUAUUGAUGUUUUGGACAUUUUGUACUAGACUGACAUGAAUCCAUACGGCCCCAUUGCUCACACCAUUCGGUUCAUUAUUUAUCACACCAACGAAAUGCUUAUUAGUGUGAUGGUUUGUGGCGCUGCACAAACUGCUUCUGUUUCCUUUUAUACGACACUCUGCCUGUCUCGGAUCCUCGCCCCAAACCACAGCUCCCGGCUACUAUGUUCUUUCUACUCUGUGAACUCUUGGUUUUUCGUACUCUGUGUAUAUUAAAUGAUUACAUUUUUAGCACUUCUAACCAGAAUUUAGGCAGGGUUAGUUUUUUUGCGGGGAAAUGGAAGUGGAGGAAUGCUGUUGAUGUUUCAGUCAAGAUUUUUUGCGCACCACAUGUUGGCUUCUUUUGUUUUUUUAUAAAGCCUACAAAAGAUCACAAACGCCUCUUGUCUGUGUGUAUGGCAUUGUAAGAGUGGUAAAGUACAAUUUGUGAAUCUUUUUAGUAUUUUUAAUUAUUCGUUACAGUCAAUCCAGUCUGAAAUAUGAAGCCAUGAAUUGAGUCAGUUCAAAGUGUUUUCCAACUGAGGUCCACUUACUUUUUAUAACCUUGUUUUCAGAUAUUUGCAGCUACAGUUUUGUCUAAAAUACUUGCUGUGGAGUUACACAUCUUGCACUCGUUUCCCUAUAGUGUCUGCUUUUAACAAAAGAAAAAAACUGUACAGAUCAAAAUCUGCCCUUAAAAGCUAUUACGAUCUCAUGUAGCUGCAGCCUAUUUUGACAUUUUCUCCCAUGCAUACAACAGGUGAUUUUAGUGAUAUGUACAUUGGUAAAACAUUUAUCAGUUAGUUGAGAGUUGAAUAAAAAUCUCAGCAUGG